AAAAAAAAGGCCUUGUCACAAUCAGUGAAUCAAGGGAUCCUACGCUUUUUUCAAAUAAAACUCCCUUAUUUUUUCCAGUGCUUAAAUUUUUAACUGAACUUGGAGACUUUGUUAAUUGUUUUAUAUAAUAUAUAUACUGCUAGAAGUUGUAAUAUUCUGGCCAAGCAGGCUGUAUAGCUAAAAUGUGAUCUGUAUGUGGCUAUCUAAUGACUGGUGUUAACUCAAGAUGUCGUAGAUGCAACACAGCAACGCUGUGAUGGAAAUUUAAUAUAACCUGCCAAAGUCGGGGGGGAAAUGCAAUCUGUAGUGUACAGUGUCGAUGCCUUAGUGAGAGCGUAUCUGCACACAGGAAAAAAACAACACUGCUAUGAAUAGAAAUUACAACGCUCUUUUUAGACUAUUCAUUGCUGCACAUUGAAGCAUGAUCCCGGUAGGUGGAAACAUCACUACCAUAGGUAUGUAUAAAAAAAUGUCAGUGUGCAGAAACAACAUGUAGGGGUAGAAAAACCCAUCGCAUUGGGUAGAAGUGACAUUACCAGGGAUAGAAAUGAGAAAAAACAUUACAAGAUAAAAACUUAAUUCAGACUAAAGGUAGAAACUUAACCAGAGAGAGUAUUAACGUGUUCCUGACAUCACUUUCCACAACUAAACACCACCACCACAAGUGGGACAGACAGAUUUCCUAGUUGUACUGUGGCAGUCGUUUUUGUUAGUGCUUGCUCUACCGACCUGCUUUGUUAAAUGAGACUCAAAAAUGGCAUCCAGUCACAAAGAAGGCAGAUUACAGAUGACAAAAAUGCAUCUACACACCACAUGUAAGUGUAAGGGAACAAUCCCAUUGUUCAAACCCAACAAUUUUAUUUUCAGAUCACAAUUUAAUACCGGGCAGAAAUUAGGUCAUGAAAUAUUAAAUUAAAAUGGACUAAAGCUCUGAGGCAUUUAGACCUAAGUACAAGGACAAAACAAUACAAUAUCAAACACACAUUUAUGCUCAAGUGAACAACUGGUUAAAAUGAAGACAGUUUUCAUGCUUUACAGUACCUUCCAGACCUGCUGUAUUUGCUGAUAUUGUGUCUCAAGUCACUAUGGCCAUCUACGUCAUAGAUGCGCUUCUUUCUCCUCCCCUUAAAUUUUUAUUUUGUUGCAACAAAAGAAGCGUUUUACUUUGCUAAAUACAAAAAAAGACUCUUAUGAGCUGAGUAAAGAACAUUAACUUUCGGAAUAAAAAUACUGUGGGCUGGUGUUUGAAGAAGCUGACUGAAAUUUACUAACAGGCAGGACUGGAGCCAGAAUGAUAAAUUGGCCUAUUCGAACACCAUAUAUUAGCUUUUCACAGAUACAUUGGUAUCCGCAUAUGUUGUCUGAUGAGAGCCAAAAGAUUUUUUGCAGUGAAUUAGAAACAGUCUUGUCAUUACAUAAGGUAUUGGCCAACACAUAAGAUGACAUUUUUACUGAAUAUUAUGUUUGAAAAAGUGGUAUUAUAGUGGUUAUAUUAUAUAGUACUGGUCCCUGCACUACAGAGUGAGCCUGUUACAUUAAAGGAGUGUUGCAUUAUGGGCUGUUUGUAGCCUUAAUGUUGCUAAGCUAGUGAGUUUCUUCUUACCCUUUUAUGAUGAAAUUAAAUGAAAGGGUUUAGGAAGGCGAGAUGAACCUAUAUGAGUUUUCUGAUGGCUUGUGUUUGUGUUGUGCUGCCACAGAGAAAAUGAAUUGCUGGCGAGUGAAAACUAGUCAAAAGCGUUUCUCGACGUCUCGACUGAAGAAACAGACUGAGUGAGGACUUAAUCAUCUGUCAACCAGCCAAUAAUUACGAGUGUCAUGAUGAGGAGCUUGAAAAGUCUGAAAAAUGAUCACAUCCCAGAGAAACUCAUUCAGAAAGCAGGGCUGUCGUCUUAUAUUUGGGACAAUACGGUACUUUGUCCACCAGAAGGCCAUGCAAUUUUUCUUGGUGUUUUUUUUUUUAACUGUAAAGUGACCCACAUAUCUUGGUCACAGUAGCCCUUUUUCACAGCAGACAUUUUGACUUAGAAAACGCACAGGUAUAACUAAUAACAGUUAUGAUUCAAGUGUCCCAGUAAACGAGUAAUGGAAUCCUGCCAUUAUUAAUUUUAUUAUUUACACCUGUGAUUUUCCUACUGUGACAUGUCUACUGUGGAAAAACAACUAAUUUGAAGUGAUCCAAAAAUGUUUAUGUUCUGCUCUUUUGUUAAAAAAACGACUAUCGGCUGAUAUAUUGUAGAUUUUUAAACCCUCAAAUAUAGAUAUCAGUAUCAGCCUCAAAUAUCCAGUACUGGUUGAGCUCUAGACAGAGGUGACAUCAGUCAAGGCACUAUGGAUGCCUGGAGGCCCGGACAGCCUCCUCGGUGUUUCCUGGAGUCAAGACGCUACGCCGGGACGCUCCAGCGGGUUCGAACUGGGCUGCAGUCGCGGAGCCGUGGAGGCUUCCUACAAGAUCCUGUUGCUGAAGCUUUGUGACAUCCCAGGAUGUAUAGGCUGCUUCUCAACAACCCGCCAACCAGAGCAGGGCACAAAUAGAGUGAGCGUAAAAGUAAAGCUCAACCCAAAAGAGGUCAUCAGCUGUGUGAAGACCACCUUAAACAAGCUGACUCUGAAACAUUUCAACAGUUGAUGACACAGCUGAAAGACGUGCCAGUGGAUACAGAGGAGAGGUUGAACUCAGUCAUCAACUUAAUCUUCGAGAAGGCCAUGUUGCUGUAUGCCAACAAGGGUCAACAUGUAAGGCUCCUUCCAGUCCUCAGUGCUUCAGAAGUAACACUGGAGAGACCAUUUACAGGUGUGAAUGGAGCAUGAAUACGACUAAGAGCGAUGUGACAUUUGACCUUUACUUUAAUGAAACAAAAUUUGGGGGCAUUAAGAAGACCUGGACUCUAUUAAAUGAGGAACAACUUAUCAAAUAUCGUUCAGUUGACAUUUGGGUGAAAGCUCACGUAGGAAACUCCAGCUGCACAUCAACCAGGACGUCUGUUGUACUCGGGCACACAGUUAAGUAUGAAGCACCACAAAAUAUUUCCAUGUCCUGGUUAAACAACAACCUCCACUUAAGCUGGACAGCUGCAGAGAAGCAUCCAGCUAUAGCGGAGAUCCGGUUCCGACGAUAUGAACGCCCCACAGAAUCAUGGGAGAAUAGAUUAAUAACAAUAAAUACCACCGAUGAGACUCUUAUGUACCAGGUCAUUGUUGUGAAUCUAUUGAAGCAUUCAGCUUACGAGGUUCAAAUCAGACAUCAGUCCAAUCAGCCCAACAUCAGCCCACUGUGGAGCGACUGGUCUUCAGUAGUGAUUGUUCCUGCAGAACUUGAAGAAGAACCUGAAUUCAACAAAACAACAGAACUUGUGAAUGGCACUCGAAAGCUGAUAUUAACUUGGAAGCCGAUGCCACAUGCAGCAGCAGUAACAGGAGUGACGUACAGCCUGAAGGACACAAAGCCUUCUUAUGGAUGUCCAUGCGAGAAAGAGAGACAUAACAUCACAACGAAUAGUCACGUUGCUUAUGUCUCGUACUCUGCUGUCAAUUUCCUUUUUUUUGCCAGAAACGCAGCAGGAUAUUCUCCUCCAGCAACCAUACAAGUACCAGCUGAACCUGCUGCAGAUUUAAAAACUUGUGACAAAACGUUACUGGAUGAAAAAUUAAAUGAGAAAACUUGCCUUGAGUUGUCCGAGCUUCAAAAUGGAGAUUCAAGGCCAGAAAAUAAGAUCACAAUAACGGCAAAGAAGAAAAAAAAACAAAGGAAACAAAUAAGAAAGUCCAUGAGGGAUUGCGUUCGCUACGUUUACUUUGAACACAGAUGUGAUGGUGGGAAACCGACAGUUAAAACGUGCAUCUUUUAUCAAAAAGAGUGUGUUCCACUUAGAGAACCUCAGGACUUCAUUGCUUUUGGUGAAACACACAGUUCUGUUUACCUGUCUUGGAAAGCGAUUCCCUCUGUGGACCAGCGAGGUUUCCUCACACACUACAGCCUCUGCAGUGUAAAAAUCAGCUCACAGGAUGAGUCGAAAGAGUGCCAUAAUAUAUCAGCCUCAUUGCUUAAACACCAUCUGGAAAAGCUGACACCAGGAGCGAAAUACAACAUCAGCCUGGCCGGAGUGACACGGGUGGGUGAAGGGCCUAAAGCCACAGUAACUAUCAACACACUGCCAGAGAAGCCUGUGAAUGUGUGGUGGAGUUUCGGCUUGCUGUUUGUGUUCUUUUUAAUCUCAACAAUGUGCACCUUUAUCUUGAAGAGAAUAAAAAACAAGAUCUUACCUCCUGUGCCGAUACCUGUUAUUCAAGAGUUCACCUCUCAUCCAACAGAGAGCCAGGAGAUGCUGGAACGAAAGGAGGAGGUGGAUGAGCUGACGCUGCACCAGCUACAUCCAGAGGGCAAGUCUGUCCCCGAGGACGCAGAGGAGACUGCCGUCCUCGCAGGAGAGUGGGAUGAUGGCACCGACGAGGACGUGGAGAAUGUGAGGGGUGAUUCAGGGAUGUCAGGAGGAACCAGUGAUGAGUGUUUGAAUCCCGGCUCUGCACUGAGGAGCUCCAGAGAAGGAGAAAUGACAGAUCUGGAACAGGUGGACAAUGAGAUCGCCAUGCUGAUAUACAGGAAUGGUUUGGUCUUUGACGUGAAGACAGACUCGCCUUGAAAUAUAUUUAAAUGAGGGUUUUACUGCCUCACAGGACAAAACUGUACAAACAUAUCAAGGGUUGACAUAUUUGUUGACUUAUACUGAAGACUGGGCGAAUACUUUUCUUGUUCUAAAAGUUUUAUCUCUUUGAACAUAUUGUCUUUUUGCAAUGUUGGACGACAAAGGAUCUGUGGAAUCAUUUUGUUAUGAGAAAAAUAUUAGUUUAAUUUUCACAUUGAAUUCAGCCACAUUGACAUUGACAUUUUUACAUAAGGAUGCCAUGAAAGCAGGAGGGUUAACCACUCACAGGCUUUGUCACUGCACGUUGUCAAUAAAUCUUUUUUUUUUUUUGAAACGGUGGAUAGCAGAUCUUGGUUCAGACUUUUAUGCCAGUAACUUUUUGCCAGUUUUAGGUGUUUCCAGACAUAACAAAUUCUGAUCACAGACAAAUUUUAUUUUAGUGGUGUGCUUUGGGAUUGUCUGUUGGUUAGUUGGUCCACAACAUUGGUCCAGACUGAAAUAUCUCAACAACUGUUUGACAGACAUUUAUGGUCCUCAGAAGAUGAAUCUUACUGACUUGAUCCUCUGACAUUUUCUUUAGCACCACCAUGAGAUUUACAUAUUUGUUUUUUGUGAAAUGUCUCAAUUAUUGGAUGGAUUGGCACAAAAUUUGUUACAGACAAUCAUGUCUCCCUGAGAAUGAGUUUUAAUAACUUUGGUGAUCGUCUGACUUUUCAUCUAGUGCCAUCAUCAGGUCAAAUUUUGUACUAGUCCAAUAAUUUUGUUCUCAACCAAACGCCUUCAAAACUAAUGACCAUCAGCCUCAGCUGCACUUCAUGUUUAGUGCUGCUGUGCAUGUUAGUAAAUGUCAACAUGCUAAUACUA